CCUGCCGCUGCCAUAUAGGUUAAUAAUAGGAGCGCGGCUGUCAAGCUAUUUCAGAAAGGCGGUUGGUGGUGUGGGGAGAGAGGGUGUCGGCCUAUUCUUAUUGGAAACGUUUUAUCCGCGAGUUUCACAUGAGGUACGAGUGGGAGGAGAAUUUCCAGCAACGGAGGAUAUCAAAAAUAAACCCCCUCAUGGCCAGGGAAGAGCAGAGAGUAUAAAUACCCCUGAUGUGUCCAGACUGCAGCGGUGCUGAAGAUGUGUUCCACUGUGUGUUUGAUCUUUUUAUCCGUGUGCGCAUUCAAAGUGGCUCUCCUCACCCCAUUUGAAUCAGAGGACAUUGUACCUGUUCGGAUAAAUGGAAGAAUAAGUGGUCGCUUUUGGAAGAGAAGCGAGGAACAGCCGAGAUUUGUCCUCAGUGCAUUUGGCAAGGACUUGACUCUAAAUCUUAUACCAGAUACCAGCUUUAUCGCGCCUUCCUUCGCCAUACAGCGCAUUAAAGCUAGAGAUGCUGGCGCUUUACGCAGCGCUGUAGGUGCUAAAGCUAUCCUAAACGUAGAUUUCCAGGAAUUUAUAAGUCAGACAGAGGACAGUGAAGGACAGCUGAGGAGCUGCUUUUACUCUGGAAGCGUAGAUAAUGAUCAAAACUCUGUUGUGGCUGUCAGUUUGUGCUCCGGCAUCUUUGGCUCCUUCAUGAAAGAGUAUAUAAUUGAGCCCAAAUCUAGUGGCGGCCUGCGACCACACUCUACCGAGCAGCUGCAUGUCAUCAAGAGGAGGACAUUCACCAAAAGCCCCGGUGUUCUCCUCCUGUCUGAUCACGCGGUGGAGGGGCGUCUAGUAAAGAAACACAAUGGGAAGCGUUUUACGCACAGCGACAGUGACGCACAGAGGGAACCUCGCCGGAGACGCUUUGUUUCCGCGCCACGGUUCAUAGAGACCCUGCUGGUAGCGGACUCAACCAUGACCCACUUCUAUGGAGAUGAAAUAAAGCACUACCUUCUGACUCUUAUGUCAAUAGCUACCCAGCUUUACAAGCACCCCAGCAUAAAGAACUCAGUGAACAUGGUGGUGGUGAAGAUGCUGGUGGUGGAGGACGAGGAGAUUGGCCCAGAGGUCUCCAGCAACGGAGGUGUUGCUUUGAGGAAUUUUUGUUCCUGGCAGCAGCUCUUCAAUCCACCGAGCCCAAGGCACCCAGAGCACUACGACACUGCCAUACUGUUCACUAGAGAGGACAUCUGCGGACAGAAGAGCUGUGACACACUGGGCGUGGCCGAUGUCGGGACGAUGUGCGAUCCGAAGAGAAGCUGUUCAGUUAUUGAGGAUAACGGCCUACAAGCAGCUUUCACAGCUGCACACGAGCUCGGUCAUGUGCUGAGUAUGCCUCAUGAUGACUCCAAGACCUGUGAGAGGCUGUUUGGAGAUCUGGGAGGACAUUACCUUAUGGCUCCUCUUUUUGUCAGCCUCAACAAGACGGCACCGUGGUCUCCCUGCAGCGCUCUCUACAUCACUGAGUUCUUUGACAACGGACAUGGGGACUGCCUGCUGGAUGUCCCAGAGAGUACCAUUCCUUUACCAAAAGAACUUCCAGGCACCAAGUACAGCCUGGACCAACAGUGCCAGCAGAUAUUUGGAGAGGAGUUUAUUCAUUGCCCCAACACCUCUGACACUGAUAUAUGCAGCCAGCUUUGGUGUCACGAAGAUGGGACAACACAGUGCUCCACCAAGAAUGGCAGCUUACCCUGGGCUGAUGGCACUCCUUGUAGCCCCAAUAGGACCUGUCUCCAUGGAGCAUGCAUGUUGACCCAGGAGGUGAUGCAGCCUGCGGUGGUUGUAGACGGUGGCUGGAGCUCAUGGGGACCAUGGCAGCAGUGCUCCAGAACAUGUGGAGGUGGGGUGGAGUUCUCCUACAGGGAGUGUACUGACCCCAUGCCUCAGAACGGAGGGAAGUACUGUGAGGGGCAGAGGGUUCAGUACCAGUCCUGCAACACUCAACCCUGUGAUAACAAUGAAGGGAAGAGCUUCAGAGAGGAACAGUGUGAGAAGUACAACAGCCCCAACUAUGUGGACUACAACGGCAACAUGAAACAGUGGAUACCAAAGUAUGCUGGUGUUUCUCCCAGAGACAGAUGUAAGCUGUUCUGCAGAGCCAGAGGCAGCAGUGAAUUUAAGGUGUUUGAAUCCAAGGUGAUUGAUGGGACAGUCUGUGGCCCUGACACUACAUCGGUGUGUGUUCAAGGCCAGUGUGUGAAGGCAGGCUGUGACAAGGUGAUUGGAUCCAACAAGAGAGUGGAUAAGUGUGGAGUGUGUGGAGGAAGUGGGCUUACCUGCAGAAAAGUCACAGGCUCCUACAACAAAGCAACCUCUGGAUACAGUGACAUUGUCACAAUUCCCAUUGGUGCCACUAACAUCGACAUUAAACAACGGAGCCACAGAGGAAUCAAACAUGAUGGGAACUACUUGGCUAUACAGAGAGAGAAUGGCGAUUACAUCCUCAACGGUAACUUUUCUGUAUCCACAGUGGAACAGGACAUUCCUGUACUAGGUGCUGUGCUGAAAUACAGCGGCUCCUCCACUACACUGGAGAGGGUCCAGAGUUUCAGGCAGCUGAAGGAGGCCAUCACCGUCCAACUCCUGGCCACUGCAGGGGAUGCCAACCCUCCUAAAGUCAAAUAUACCUUUUUCAUCCCUAAAGAUGUCACCUUCAAUAAAUCCAAGGAGAAGAAGGGAUUUUCACAGUCUUUGCAUAUGCUCCAUCCCUUUGAUGCACCUGACUGGGUGCUAGGGGAGUGGUCUGAAUGUUCCAAGAGCUGUAAUUCCGGAUGGUCCAGGAGGAAUGUUGAAUGCCAAGACAGUGCAGGCUUCCUUUCCAGUCAGUGCAACAAAGACCUGAAGCCCCCAGAUAUCAAACCUUGUGGGGAUCUGCCAUGCCCCAUAUGGCAGAUGGGACCUUGGUCUGCCUGUUCACGAACUUGUGGCCAAGGGGAACGCCACCGCAGUGUCUUCUGCACAGAUUACACUGGGAAGACUGUUGAGCCAGAGAAGUGUGAUCCAAACAAAGUCCCAAAGCCAAUCUCUGAAGAAUGUCUCAACCAGGAGUGCUUAUGAAGAACAUGAGCUCAGAAAACUGUCUGGUUUUCAUUUUACUGCACUUAUCAAACAUGGAUGGAUUACUGAACAGACAUCUGGGCACAUGGGGUCAGCAGACAUGAUGAUUACCUAGAGAGACAAAAUGACUAUAAUGAAAUGCAAAUAGCUACAAAGAGAUGAAACAUGACUACAAAGAUAUAUAAAUUACUACAAAGGGACAGAAAAUGACUACAAAGAGCCACAAAAUGACUAAAUGGUGCAAAUCACUAUAAAGAUAAACAAAAAUAGUACAAAGAGACACAGAACAACCACACAAAGGGACAUAAAAUGACCACAGAGACACAAAUAACUAUAAAUAUGCACAACAAGACUACAGAGACACAAAAUGACCACAAAGAAAUGCAAAUAGAAGCAGAGUGGCUACAAAGAAUCUAUGAACCAUGAAGCAACACAAAGCAACUAUUAAGGGAUGCAAAACUCACAUGACUACAAAGAGACACAAAACAACCUCAAAGAGAACCAGUGAACUUUCCUAUUUUGGUUUGACUGCACUUACCAGUCAUGGAGGGUUACUAAACAGACAUACUGGCACAGUUUUUUGCUGGUUUCUUCACAGUAUAACUGAAAAAAUUCUGAAUGCAUUAUGAAGAAAUCUUUUGGAGCGUUAGGGUGUGGAAUGGAACAAUCCACUGCAUUUUGGUGGUGAUCCAGAUCAUCAUCCCAGUCCUUGAAUUAUUUUAAUGGCAUGGGGGUGCCCUGGUGGAGGUUUGCACUCUCUGAGUGCUGUCUAGUUUGUGACAGUUUUUGUCUCUUAACUUUGGGUGUCUUGUUCCUACAGUAUGUAGGAGGGGUGGGGGCCUUUUAUGUGUCUGUGCCCAGGGAGCCAGUGUCUGAUAAUCCAUCCAUGUUACCAACUGGUCACUACAAGUCACACCAAGGGCAUUUGCCUGAAUAUUGUUUUGUCAGUUUUUGUUGACAUUUGACAACCACUGUUGAAAUUGAAACUAAUGGAAAUCUACCUCAUUUUUUUUAGUAUGUAUAGAUGCUAGUUGAAGAUGCUGUGUGUGUGUUUUCUCCAGAAUGAGAAGCUUUCUAGUCCCACUUUAAACAGAAACUAACUUUUUGGAUGAAUUUUUAUAUAAUUUGCAGCUCGUCUUUCUAAAUUCUCUGUCAUUUAAACUGGGACAGAACAAAUGGCAUGGAACCUGCUGUCAAGCACUAGCACAAUGUAACGAUACCUCCAGGUGUCCUCUACAGCACUCCACAUCCCCACAAAGCUUUGAUCGAGCCAUUUACUGUACCUACUAUUGAGGUAUAUAUGUACAGUUGAGCUAUUUGGAUUUUAAACCUUUGUGAAACAUGCUCCUGUUUGAUUGCUUGUGUUUUCUACACAACAAAAUGUGACUGUGAUGAAGAUGUCAUGUUUUUAUUGCUGAGCUAUGGGGAAAUAAUUCAAAGUCAUUAAUCCCGACAAUAUUUUGGACUUAAAAAUGUGCCCAUCAAAGCAGAUUAACUACACAUGUAGAAUUUAUAGAAAUAGAUGGAAUUUGAGUUUACAUGCUGUGUAAAAUUAGAUUAGAUUAUAUCUGUUUUUUUCUGACCACAAAAAAAGACAGAUGAUUUCCCUUCUACCCUAUAGUUUAUUUUAACCUUUUGCCAGUUGCAUUACAAUGCAGUUGAGAGAAACAGUGGUACAAGCAAUUAACAGUUCAAUAGUGUCUUUCGAAGUGUUAUUAAGUUGUGAUAAGCAUCUAUUGUUUAUAUGAUAAUAACAUUAAUUUUAUUAAUUUUCAGACUUUUAUUUGUUAAUGCAUCAUAAGAAAAUGCUUCCAGUUGUUUUCUUGUAUGUAUAUUUGAUUUCUUCAUUCCUGUUGUUAAUUUACAGUAUGUUAUGAGACAAAAGAGAUGGCGCAUUAGGCCUAUAUCCCUUCAGUGAAGGAUCAUACUAUUUUAUUAUUACCGCUUUUUAAGCUAUUUAUUUUUGUAAAGUUUUUACUUUGGACAUGUACUUAACAUGGCAGAUGCUGCCUUUGAGAUUUUUGUCUAUAAAAAUGGUCAAAUAAACACAUUUAUGU